UCCCAUUCGAAGUUGGCAUCAGCGCCGCAGUGAAGUGUCCGCGAGAGAGAAGUUGCUGCGCGGGUGGCAGACACUAUGGAAGUCGGUGCUGAAAGUAGCAGGCAGCGCCGUGACACCGGUCCGAGGUGAGGGCUUGCUCCCGGAGCGACACGCAGCCUCACCGCGGUGGGGAACCGUCAUGGACACCUCGGGUGGUACCGGAGCCUCGUCCGCAGAGAGCAGCGGAGAGGAGCGCGUCGGCGGCGGCGGACACCCGGGGCGCCUCGCGAGCCUCACCUGCGUCCCGGAGCGAUACCGAAGCGCCAAGUUCAGCCUGGCUGCCUACCUGCUCUGCUGGGCUCUGCUCAGGUGGUACCAGAAACUCAAAUACCAGGCUGCUGCUCCACAGCCUCAGGAAGCCCUUGAAGACUGCCCCCACGUGUCUGAAGGAUUAGGUUUAAGCGAGGAGGAACUUUGUACCGACUCCUGGAAAUUAUGCACAAGAAGCAAAGAAGGGGGAAACACGUCUGAUGAUUAUUUUGAGCCCUGCUCAUGGCACAGCGACAACCUUUCAGGUUCGAGCUCGGAUGGAGAGGAUUCUCUGGAUGUCCUGCUGGCACUAGAGGGUGGAUGUGAUGGACUGAGAGCAACAGGCAGGAGUUUUUGCACUGCGCACAGUAAAUCCAGUCGGAGACAGUUACUGGCAGCCAAGGACACUGACGGAGAUGCCACAGAGACCUAUCCACAGAGAGAUUCCAGUUGUAAGAGGAGGAAGACCUCAGAGAAUCGUCUGGACUGUACUGUUCACUUAAAGCAAAGCACCAGAGACCAAUCCCUAACCCAGCCAAGUACAGAGAAAAUAAAUGGCAACUUGAACCAAGAACAGUCCAGUUUACAGGCCGAUUGCAAAGACAUUCAAGGCGACGUUGGCACGGAGCCACACAGUUUACAUGCACAAAGCCAACACAACACAGACACCUUUAACACAAAGGUAAACACUUCACCGUACACUUCAGAAGUGGCACAUCAUGCACAGAUUGAACAAAGCAAUCCCAACAGACUGACUGAAUCAACAGUGUGCACCAUACCUGUACAUAUAGAUGCCACCGUCGACGAGCUUGUAGAGACACAACAACAGGAAGAAAGAUUAGAAGACUGUAAUGCUCAGGAUGUAAAAGCACAUACUGCAGAGCUACUCAGCACUUACUUUGUAGAGAAAAGUACAGAUUUAAAUAAUUGCAUCAGUGGCUUCAGAGAUGGACAGGAAAAAGAAGUAGACGCUGUAAAAGUGCAGAGAAUAGAUAAAAGGGACCUUGGGCAUGUGGGAACAUAUUGUAAUCACAAUAUAGAGACUCUUAGCAAGGACAGCACAAGCAUAGCUGAUUUAAACUUCACUGAUGUAAGAAACAGCGAAACAUUAGGCAACAUUUAUCCACCACUGCACUCAAAAUCUGAGACUGAGCACAUAGAUUCCCAGUUAAUUACAGAGAAAUCUUUUACAAGUCCAAGCAUUACUGAACCACAUGACACAAAAACAAGUAGCAGAUUACGUUACACAAAGUCAGAUAUUAAAGACACACUCACACUAAAUGUAUUGACACACAAUAGAGAUUGUGAGAAGAGCCUCAACAGGGACCUGUCAAAGAUCCACCCUCAGGUUUGUAAUAGUGUAGCACCCCAGGAUCAGGCAACGGUGUCAGAUGUCCUUGUGGAGGAGUAUGGGUGUGUUGGCGCCACAACAAAGGGGACUAAGCCACCUGGGACAGUAAAUGAAAUCCAUUCUUCUAUCACAUUUUCCACUGAGACCACAGCCUCUAGCUCGUUGGAUACCUGUGCUGCUGAGCUGACUGGGAUUCCACACGUUUCUAAUCCAGCCUCACUUGUCCCGUUGACAGACUCAUACCGAGAGGAGCUCAGUGGGAGGCCACUGAAUCAAAAAGGUCUUCAAAAAGAAUGGUUGCAACCGUGGCAAGUUCAAGGUCAAACUCAGGAUUUAAUCUCUAGUCCCUUGGAUCAGGGGUGUGCUACCGUAGAAGUACCCUUUCCGAGGCAGCUCUGUUCUGUGGAAAAGCUUUUGCAGAGAGCACAGACAAGUCAAAUCCAGUCUGACACUGUUAAGGGGUCUGAGGAAUGUCUGCCUCAUAACCCACUGUUAAAUAAUCUACUGUUUGUAUCUGGCAACCAGGGAGAGGAGGAUACCUCCGCUCUGUUAUCGGUGGACUUUAAAGGGGAGAGGAGGAGGGUAGGAUCACCCUGCUCCCUUCAGGAAAACAAGGAUUGGGAGGGAGAGAGGAGUCAUGUUUAUGUUGACCAGGAACAAACUGUGGAUGCAGUAAGCAAAGGACAUCUACAGUUGCAAUUUGGUACAACAGAACUUUUUGAGCAUUAUGAGCAAAAACCUAUUCCAAAAUCUAGCAGCAGUGACUCUGACUUCUAUGCACAACAUACGCCAACUAAUACAGAAAAGACAUUAACAUGUCCAGCUGGUGCAGAGUCUAUUCCAUGCAGUAGACAGCAACACUCAGGUGUCAUUCAAACAACUAUUAGCACAACUUCUAGGAAUUACAAGCACGUUCAACAUGACGUGAAAGACGUAGAAUCUCGCUGUGGACCGAGAACAACCUUUCCUCUGCUCUCAGACUCUAACAAUAACACCGAGGCGAGUAUAAAAGGGGUGGGUACCGGAGAGGGUGUAGGCUGUUUCUCACUGGGGGCCCAGAGAGGCUACAAAAGAGAAACAAAUGAGAGAAAAAUUUGCCCCUUGGGUGAUGUAUCGGCAAAUGAGAAGCUAGACUCUGUGGUAGAAAACAUUCAGAAGGAAUCUGAGGUGUUCUUGUCUUUACCGGAUCACAUACCCACUCGGAGCAGCCAGGACCCUGAAUGUUUGCUAAAAGACUUUGUUAAAGCAGAUGAUUUAGAACUGAGGACACAGAACUGUACUGAGGAUAACAACUUUGGCUUUAGUUUUAGGUCAGAUCAGGUCAGUAAAAACCUUACAACUUUAAGUGGACUGCUGGAAAGAGAUUUUGAGGAAAAGGAACCCAGGGACGAGUCAUCUGAACCACUGGAGGAUUAUAUAUUGGCUGAGGAGUGCAGAGAACACACACAAGUGAGCUUUCCAAUCCUGCAGCAGGAGGUGAGGGUAGUAAGGUGCCCACACCCUGAUGCCAUCCUCAACCGACAUGCUAUUAGAAGUUUAGAACCAAUCAGGGAGGCUGAGAGUUUGUUAGAAAAUUGUGUCACAACGGAUGAUUUAAAAACAGAAAGCAAUAAAGAAUAUGAGAUCAUGAGGCCUGCUGAGGAGGGUAGGAAUACUGUUAAUCAUUCAGGCAGCUCCACUUUUAAGAGUUCAUAUCACCACAGUGAGCAAAACGAAAAUUCAACCUCCGAAUUGGAACGUGAAGUGACACUUUCUACACCGGGUCUUAGUGAAAAGCAGGGAAGGCCUCUGACUGUUGCAUAUGAUGCUGUGUCUUACAGCUCAGCUAGCAGUAACUGCGAUGAGUUUGAGGACCCUCAUUCUGAUAUGAACUCUAACCCUGACAGACCAAUCAAGAGAAGUAAAACAAAAGGCAACCAAUCAGGAAAUAAAGGCUCUAAGUUUUCUGUCUUUGCUAAAAUGCCUUCCUUCAGGAGGGCUAAGGGCUCCAAGGGCUCCAAAAGUGAGGACGCUCCCGAGGACAUGUCAGACAGAGGAAGUGAUGGCCUUCCCUCUGAGCAAGGACUACAGAAAGACCACUCCGAUGAGGAGGUUUUCCUUAAAGGCGAUAUCCACACCCAAACCCUUCAACCAUCUCCUCCUCCAGCAUGUACUGAGAAGGCCGAAGAGGACUGUGGGUUUUUGCACUCAUCUCCUCAAACUCCUCAUUUAGCAAGUCAAGGGACUGGUGAGGUGGGAGGCAGAGAAACAAGCCCAGAUAAAACCCUUACUAGACAAGUCCAAUCAAAUAACGUGCAAACCUGCAAAAAGAGCAAGAGCAAUGACAGUUUAAAAACUCAACUGAAGAAGUCCCUUUCCAGUCUGUUUGAGCCACGCUCUGUGGAUAAGGAGAACGAGGAGCAGGCCCCAAUAGCCAAUGAAGCUGAUUCUGGUAAAGUAAAACAAUCCUGGAGGAAGCUAAAAAAGGCUAAAGAGACUGAACUGCUGAAAAGAACUUUUUCGGUUCCAGAUGGGGAAUGCAGCAACACAGCUUCUGGGCAGGAAUGUGUAGAGCACAUGUCCUCUCCGCUACUAGAUAGGCUGAGCAAUCCAAGGUCACCAGCCUCACUUAGAGCAUUUAACCACAUGGAUCGAACGCCUAAAUGUGUAGUUCCAAAGGAGAUUGGAAGAGAAAACCCACAUGGGUGCAGGUCUGAAGGCCAAAGAAGAAAAGGUUCUCCAAACGGUCUACCAAGAACACUGAGCAUGUCUGGACUACCUUCAUUUUUUGAUAACUCAGGAGCCCCUCAGCCCAAUCACAACAGACCUUUUGGAUCAUUGAGCCCCAGCUCAAGCCAUCAUACUCAUCAUCAUUCACCUUCCUGGACCAGGUCUUAUGGAGUGGUUAGUGAGGGCUUGUCUGAGAGCCCGGUACGGCCAAUGAGCCCUAAACCUAACAGCCCCAGGCCAGUGGCUCAGCGCAAAAUAUUUCGUUACCCGUCUUCAUCAAGGGCUAGUUCUGUGUCUUCUAUUAACCUGGGCCAGUCUGUUAGUGUAGAGGGACUGACAGACCCCCCUGAAAGACCUAAAACCCUGAAACCAUCAAGUAGUCCUCUGGGCGUGAGCCUUAGCCCUGUGGAUGCAAGUGAGGCCAGAAAAGACAACCAGUCACACAUCAGCCUGUAUGCCAUUGGCUUCAUGAAUGAUUUAGAGGAUGCACAAAAUGGUGGUCGUUGUGCCAGCCUGUCCAGAACAAAGAAGCUGUUGAAGGCUGACUUGAAGGCCUCUUUGGGUGCUGGAAGCCAAAGCAUGGGCAGAAAGGUGGAUGUGGGCUGUGGUGGAGGCGUCCGGCUGCGAAGAUGCUCAGAUGACCUUUGGCUAGAAGAGCACAAGAAAUACAAACGGAAACUGGCCAGAGCCAUCAGAGGAAGCCUGGGUCAACUCAACACAUUGAUUUCUGAAGACCUGGAGAAAACUGAUGCUGGAGUCACACUGGGGCCAAUUAGACUCUUCCAGGGGAUGCCGCUCAAGGCCCACUGCUUCUCUCAGAGCACCCCGAUUGGACUUGACUGCCUGGGUUGGAGAAGACGUGUCUCCUACUCCUCGGUGAUUGUUCCUGAUGGGGCGUCAGACAAGGCCGGGGUUGGAGACGAACUGGGGAGUGAGGAGGAUCUGCUGUAUGAGGAGUUUCGCAGUGCUGGACACCGUUUUGGCCACCCAGGUGGAGGCGGAGGGGAGCAGCUAGCCAUCAAUGAGCUGAUCAGCGAUGGCAGCGUGGUGUACGCCGAGGCGCUCUGGGACCACGUCACCAUGGACGACCAGGAGCUGGGCUUCAAGGCCGGCGAUGUCAUCGAAGUAGUGGAUGCGACGAACAAGGAGUGGUGGUGGGGUCGCAUCAUGGACAGCGAGGGCUGGUUCCCUGCCAGCUUUGUGCGGCUGCGCGUGAACCAGGAUGAGCCCAUGGAGGAAUACCUGGCCCACCUGGAGGAGGCGCAGGCCGGGGAGGAGGGCCGAGCAGAGCUGGGCUUGUUGUUGGGACCCGGUUUACCCUGUAAAGAGCAGAUGAGGACCAACGUCAUCAAUGAGAUCAUGAGCACAGAGAGAGACUACAUCAAGCACCUGAAGGACAUCUGUGAGGGUUACAUCAAACAGUGCCGCAAGAGGACAGACAUGUUCACCGAAGAGCAACUUCGUACCAUCUUUGGCAACAUUGAGGACAUCUACCGAUUCCAGAGGAAGUUCCUGAAAGGUCUGGAGAAGAAGUUCAACAAAGAGCAGCCGCACCUCAGUGAGAUCGGCUGCUGCUUCCUCGAGCAUCAAACAGAUUUCCAGAUCUACUCAGAGUACUGCAACAACCACCCCAACGCCUGCGUCCAGCUCUCCAAGCUGAUGAAAGUCAACAAGUACGUGUUCUUCUUCGAGGCCUGCCGGCUGCUGCAGAAGAUGAUCGACAUUUCCUUGGAUGGUUUCUUGCUCACUCCGGUUCAGAAGAUCUGCAAGUACCCGCUGCAGCUGGCCGAGCUGCUCAAGUACACCAAUCCACAGCACAGAGACUACAAAGAUGUGGAGGCUGCCUUGAAUGCCAUGAAAAACGUGGCCAGGCUGAUCAAUGAGCGAAAACGGCGACUGGAGAACAUUGACAAGAUCGCCCACUGGCAGAGCUCCAUAGAGGACUGGGAGGGUGAAGACGUCCUCAGCAGGAGCUCUGAACUCAUCUUUUCAGGGGAGCUGACCAAAUUGUCCCAGCCUCAGGCCAAGAGUCAACAGAGGAUGUUUUUCCUCUUUGACCAUCAGAUGGUUUACUGUAAAAAGGACCUCCUGCGCCGGGACAUGCUGUACUACAAGGGCCGGAUGGACAUGGACCACAUGGAGGUGAUCGACGUGGAGGACGGCAAGGAGAAGGACUUCAACGUCAACGUGAAGAACGCCUUGAAGCUGCGCUCCUUGCUCGGCGACAGGGUCCACCUCUUGUGCGCCAAGAAGCCCGAGCAGAAGCAGCGCUGGCUCCGAGCCUUCGCCGACGAGAGGAGGCAGGUCCAGCACGACCGUGAGACAGGCUUUUCGCUCACAGAGGUCCAGAAGAAACAGGCCAUGCUGAAUGCCUGCAAAAGCCAUCCAGCUGGGAAACCCAAAGCGGUGACCAGACCCUACUACGACUUCCUGCUACGGCAGAAGCACCCCUCCCUCCCCACCGCUUUGCCCCAGCAGCAGGUCUUCAUGCUGGCGGAGCCCAAGCGCAAGGCCUCCACCUUCUGGCACAACAUCGGCAGACUGGCGCCGUUCAAGAAGUGAAGCAAACGGAAGUGCGGGAGGAGAUACAGUACAGGGGGAGAACGAGAGGAGCUCUCUGCUCGUGCCUGAAUAGACCCUUUGGAAUUUUUCCCUCUUUUCUUUCCUACUUGUAACUUUGCCCUAAGUGAUAUAAUGAUUUGUUGUAUAGUUGAGGAUGUUUAUGAUGAGGAGAUUAUUUUUCGAAAGCACUUUAUAGGUUGGUUAACAAUCAGACUUGAGAAUGGUCUCCUGGAGACACCGAGUCACCGGGGAGAGUGGACGUUCGCUUAACUUACUACUACUAUACCUUCAAUCAAGCGCAGACUGGUACUAAUCCUACUACUGUACUGCUGCGAGUGAGUGGGACUGCGCUGCCUCUGUGAAAACAUUGCCUGUCGACAAAACCGCGUCGUUCAUUCCCACCGUUUUGUUGUUCUAUGAUUUGACAGCUGCCAACUGUUCACGGUGCCAGAUGAUUUGUUUUCAUACGUGUUUGUUCUGUGUCUGCUUACGAAAAAAGGGAAAAUUGAAAAGUUUAUUGUUUUCUCUGUGCAAAUGUAAUUUCAGGAUUGUUUUAGCUGUGUUUUUUUUUCUUUUUGUUGAGUGAUUUGUGAUCUCUAUCCGCCAGGCUUUCAUUCAGCAUUCCUCUGGUGCAUUUGUGGUACAGUGUGCAAACACUUUAUUAAAAAAAAGACAUAACACGCAGCCCAAAGACGACACGACUCAUCAGAGAUUAGGAGCUUUUUAUUGAAACCAACAGCAGCGAACCCACACUCCUGUGAAUCACAUUCCUCAAGCCCGAUCCUCGACUCUUCCUAAAGUAACCAACCUGGUCUGUUCAUGUUUUUUGUUCUGACUUUUUAUUUCUUUUGAAGUGCCAUUUGAAGUGCGUCAUGGAUGAUUAACAAAGACAUGCAUGGAUGUGAUGAAAAAAUACUGUGAAGAAUAUUUUUUUUAAUCUCUUACAAGCCCUGCUAUAUUUAACCAGAUUCAGGAACUUUCAUUGUGCUAUUUGCCUGAGAACACACACACACACACACACACACACACACACACACACACACACACACACACACACACACACACACACACACACACACACACAGACCUUCAUUUAUCUACAAUACCUGGACUUCUGAUAUCAAUUAUUCCUGCUCUGUGCAUCUGGUCUCCAGUAUAGUCUCAUUUCUGAACAUUGCAGCCCAAUGAUUAUUGCUCUGUAAGUGCAUUCAGUAAAUGUACUCCUUUCACCUUUUCUGUUGAAAUGUUUUAGCUUCUGACAAUAUGGAAUAUUAAACAUUCCUGAGCUGACAAACGUGGCUGUCAGUUGGGGUGAGUUAUUAUAAUAAUGUUUUUAUACAUUUAGCACAGUGUUAUUAUGGUCUCACGCCUCAUAAUUAGUACGGUAUUGGUUGUGUCUCAUACACAAUAUGUUGAUGCACAGUUAACAUUAAAAAUAAUGCUAAAAGUUCA